AUGCCUAUCAACAUAAUGGAAGACGAUACUGCCCCCGUUGUUAUUGACAACGGUUCAGGGAUGUGCAAGGCGGGCUUUGCUGGGGAUGACGCCCCGAGGGCCGUUUUUCCCGCCAUCACAGGAAGACCCAGAUAUGAUAUUGUAAUGGCGGGAAUGGGAGGUAAAGAUUGCUACAUUGGAGACGAAGCCCAGAACCACAGAGGUGUGUUGUCUCUGAAUUAUCCCGUGGAGCACGGAAUCGUCACCAACUGGGACGACAUGGAAAAGAUCUGGCACCACACCUUCUACAACGAGCUGCGGGUGGCACCCGAGGACCACCCGGUGAUACUAACGGAAGCGCCACUCAACCCCAAAAUCAACCGCGAGAGAAUGACCCAAAUCAUGUUUGAGACAUUCAAUGUCCCAGGGUUUUACGUCAGCAUCCAAGCAGUCCUUUCUCUGUAUGGCUCUGGAAAAACUACCGGGAUCGUGUUCGAUUCGGGAGAUGGAGUUUCCCAUAUUGUUCCAAUAUACGAAGGCUACGCUCUUCCCCAUGCCAUUAAGCGAGUUGAUUUGGCAGGUAGAGAUUUGACCAAAUAUUUACAAAGAAUACUUCAUGAACGUGGAUACAACUUCGUUAACUCAGCUGAACAGGAAAUCGUUCGUGACAUCAAAGAGAAUCUGUGUUAUGUGGCUCUGGAUUUUGAACACGAGCUCUUUGCCUCAGCACGAUCAUCCGCCCUAGAAAAAUCGUACGAACUUCCGGACGGACAAGUUAUCACCAUUGGAAACGAACGCUUCCGAGGUCCGGAAGUAUUAUUCCAACCAGCAUUUUCAGGUCGAGAGUGUGGUGGUAUUCAUGAACAAAUCCACAACUCUAUAAUGGGAUGUGACAUCGACAUCCGGAGAGACAUGUACAGUAAUAUUGUUCUUUCCGGGGGAUCCACCAUGUUCUCGGGUUUAAAAGACAGACUGACUAAGGAGCUAACAGCUAUCUCACCAAGUUCAGCUAAAGUUAAGAUCAACGCCGCACCUGAACGGAAGUACUCGGUUUGGAUAGGCGGAUCAAUCCUGGGUUCUCUCUCCACCUUCCAACAAAUGUGGAUCACUAAACAGGAGUACGAUGAAUGCGGGCCCGGAAUCGUUCACCGGAAGUGCUUUUGAUUUUACUAUUUCUUUAUGAACAUUUUAAUGAUGGAUUGCUGAUAUUAUGUAACCGGGCAGUAUGGCCAAUUUUCUACCUCAUAAUUUAAACAGACGGAGAUAAUUGUCCUCGAAAACAAUACUGAUGUUUUGCAUCCAAAUGUAGCCAUGACUUGUCAUUUCAUUGACUUGAAAACUAUCAUUUUGAUAAUUUGACAAUUCCAACAGAACUGUUGGAGAUAGCAUUUUCAAGUGCUUGUGGUGAGUGUGCGUCUCUUCCAAUUUUAAUAUUUGGCAUUUUGAAGAAUUUCACUUAUACAUGUACAUCGGAUGUUUGAAUAUAAAUGAAU